UAUAAAUGGCGCGCGAAAUGCGUGCCACCGUUUUAGUCGUUUCUGUGGAAUAGAAGGAGGAUGAUUGCCGUCAACAAGAUCAGCAUUGUCUAUCUGGUGACACGCGUUUGCUUGACGAGUGCCAUACUGGCGGCCAAGACAUCCUCGGAUCCGACGAAUGUGUCGCGUCCGUGGCAUAGUUAUUUGUUGGCUACGACCACACUGUUCCCGAAACAUCCGAAUCAUCAAUAUGACGAUGGUUCGAUCGGUGCUGAUGUAGAAAAGUUUGUAUCCUCCGGAGAACAUCCAAUAGGAAUCCAGUCCGCGAUUUCGACCUUAAAUAAUCGCAGGCAAAAGUCGCAGGUGGGACCUCAAAGAUUCCCCACGGAAAUUCACCAAGAUGACUUUUUGGCAAAAGUGCCGAAUGCAUCGCCGUCGCCUCUGCUGACGUCGACGACGACGAUGACGACGUUAUCGGAAUCUGGAGACAUCCGGGAAUAUCAGCGUCAUGCACCUCGACGAUUCGCACAUCUGGAUAUCGAAGCGCCCGACAGAUACUUGACGGACGAGCCGGAUGACGAUAAACUACCGUAUCGCGAGAAAGCCGAGUUGUCGACGUAUUAUCGUCGCGACCCACAAGACAUAACGGCGGCCAUCAAGACCUUAGAUCGCUUCCUAAGCCGUACUCUGAACGACGAUAGUUAUAACAGCAAGUUACAUCCACCACUCAAUCCCGUUUUAGCCCUCAUCCUGUCUCGGUACGGGCGUUACGUGCCCGGAACGCGAAACCCUCGCGUAUACGCGUACAUGGCGGUGAACAAUAUUCACAACAACUUGCCGUUCGGCAGGUACAAAUACGAGCACGACGAGGAGCCGAUUUACGCGAGAUAGCGAUUGUAUCUGAUAUUGUAAAAUCAUGAAUAAAAAUAGCAUAAAUAUAUAUGAAUAAUGAAAUAAAAUUGCAAUUGUUAAUUGAAACUUGCGAUUCUUAGAACCGAUAUGAG